UAAAGUCCUUUAAAUAAAUUACUAACAAGCGAUAAAACUGGAUUAAACUCGUUAAUAAACAACAAAUUAAAUAUGAAGAAUGGACGAUAACUCGAAACACGCAUCCUCAUAUCAAUUAGACCAGGAAAUACUCGACGCUAGAGGCAUAGAAAUGACAGUGGAAGAGGUGGUCGAAUUACCGACUUGCAAGUACGCAGAUCGCGUUCAUUCACUGAAAUUAAGUGAAGACGAUUUAGCAUUCCUUAAAGGAUUAAGAAGAAGGAUCAAGAAUAGAUUAGCAUCACAGAACAGUCGACGUCGAAGCGUUGAAAAUUUAAGGCGUUUGACGCGCGAGCUCAGGGCGGUGCGCGCUUGUAGACGAGACGCUUUAUCCGAAAGGCGGAGUCUGGUCGCGCAGCGGGACUCGAUCAGGGAGCAGUGCGUGGCUCUCCGGGCGUACUUAGUGCAGGCAUUAAGCGAGCGUUCGGACAGCUCCGCGAUUCCGUCGAUACAGAAUCCGGCCCAGAAUCCGCACGAAUCUCCCGCGAAAUCUCGUUCCUCGUCUCCGCGCACCGAAUAUUCUAGCGACCGCAGCAACCUCGCGAAGGACGACGUUUUCGAGCUGCGACUAGACCGGCUGGUGGACCGCAGCGUCGAUCGCCUGUUCAGGUGCGAUGACGUCAAAAAGAUCUGCGCCCAGACGUUCUACAUUAACGAAAGCAAAUACGAGGGCGUGCUCAAUUUGUCGGUGAAAGACGGCCGCCGGGGCCACGGUCGGAAGCAGACUGCGCCCAGACGGAUCGUUUACUGCGAUAGUGAGGAUAACGUUUUGGAUUUGAAAAUCAAAACGGAGAAGCCCUGAGGAAAAGUCUUAUGUGAUUAUAAUUACACGAUUUCGAACGAUAAUCACAAUUUAGUAUUUAAAUACGUGGUAUGAGAUCAAAGUUUAUACGUAUCUCUCUCUGCCUAGGGAACAAACAGUGUUUUUAGGGUUCUAAUGUACGACCAAUACGAGUGAAGGUGAUUCGAAAUUGCCGCCAAACGCAAAGCGUAUUUGACGUCUGACGUUGACGUACGUGUCAUAUUUGACAGCUGUCAGUUUGAUUAAAACGUGCAAAAGUUAGUUUAAGGCACAGGUGUAAAUAGUCGUUUAUUCUUUAAUAAAGCUGAACACGAAUACUUUCUGUCGUCCUGGUAAGAAGCGUCCGUCGCUUAAAAGAAGACGUCGAGUGUACUGAGCUUUUAUAGUUAAAUAGGAGUGAUGUGAACGAUAAAAGCGGGUGUGAUAAAAACGUUACUAGCAUAAGUGCGCGCGAUCUAAGUGCAACCGUUCGUCUAUUUUUGCCGUGAAGCAGCCUCGCGUUGUACGCUGCGAAUGAAACCGAGGCCUUUGUGACGUCACGCUCGUGACGUAAUGUAAUCCAGUAGACGGCUUCGGAAAUAAAGCCGUCUUUUUGGUCCGGCGAUUCAGCUAGUUUCUGGGUUAUCGAAGUCUAUAAUUCCUCACUGAUCAAGGUUUUUAAAAAAAAAUCAUUAACGCCCACAUCUAAGUUUCCAGGGGAACGACUCUAAUUAGUACUAACGUCUGCUGAGACAGUGUUGCCACAUUAAAUCCAACAAUACUUUUGGUCUUCCACUUAUAUCAUGUAGACAUAUAAAUAAUCCUCUUCCACUUUUAAUUGAACCGUCUAAAUUCCUCACUUAAAACUUGAGCGAAAUUUUAUCAAUAAAAUAUUCGUACUUAAAUUAUCGUCGGGUUUAUCUGGAUACGGUGUGCUUAGUGUGAGAUUUUUGCCGCUAGGGGCGCUGUUCCAACUCCAUACAAAUUUGAGUUAACUUUGACGCUAUCGAAAACGUUAACAAACUCGCACUAAGCACACAUAUCUUCAAUCUAUUGAAAAUCACAGUGUAAAUACCGCCUUGAGAUAUAAGGUCGUAUUCUUAGAACGACUGUAUCAACGCAUAACCGCCUAACUCGCUUAGGUAGGAUCAGUACCCGUCGCAAUACCAGUCACUUGAGCCGGUUCUAUGCCCCGUGUUCAUAGAUCCCUGUUUCAAAACAAACAAAAAAAAACAUUUGAUAACUUUGACAGUAAUUUUGGCGGUCAAAUAUUGAACAAAAUGGCGUACGUUAAAGCCUUCUUAAUAGUAUGGAGGGUCUAAGUAAGGACCGUCUUGUAUAGGUGACAAGUUGAUAAUCUGUCCGCCAGUAAACAGCUAGUUGUUAUUGGAAGACUCACCGAAAUAGCGCUAGUGUAGGAAGUGGAAAUGAUGUGAAUAUAGCAGUUUUAAACAGAGCGAUGUUGAAAAUUUUAAUAUUUUUCGUGACUUGUGUAGUUCAAAAAUAUUCGGAGUAAAUUUAAUUUUUUUUAUUGC